AUGGCGGAGACCAAAAUCAUUUAUCACAUCGACGAGGAGGAGACUCCCUAUCUGGUCAAAUUGGCGGUUUCUCCGGACAAAGUCACCUUAGCCGAUUUCAAAAAUGUGCUCAGCAACCGACCCGUGCACAGCUACAAAUUCUUCUUCAAAUCGAUGGACCAGGAUUUCGGGGUCGUCAAAGAGGAGAUUUCCGACGACAACGCCAAGCUGCCUUGCUUCAACGGCAGGGUGGUGUCCUGGUUGGUGCUGGCGGAGAGCGCUCACUCUGAUGGAGGAUCCCAGUGCACAGAGAGCAACCCGGAGCUGCUGCCGCCUCCUCUGGAAAGAACUGGCGGCAUCGGUGACUCCCGGCCCCCUUCCUUCCAUGCCAACGCGGUGAGCAGUCGCGACGGCGCCGAUCCCGAGACGGGCACCGAGUCCCUCCUCAGUCACCGGCGUGAGCGGGAAAGGGAGCGCGCGCGGAGGAGAGCUCGGGAAAGCCAGCUCCCUCGCAUCAACGGCCACACCAAAUCGGAGCGCGCGGCCAGGGACUCGGCCGCGGCUUACGACAGCCCCUCGGUGGAGAGCAGCGAGCUGGAGUCCAGCUCCUUCGUCGACAGCGAGGAUGACCAAGACGCCAGCAGGCUCAGCAGCUCCACAGAGCACAGUAGCUCCUCGCAGCUGAUGCGCAGGCACAAGCUCCGCCGGCGCAGGCACAAAGUGGCCAAAAUGGACCGGUCUUCAUCGUUCAGCAGCAUCACCGACUCCACCAUGAGCCUCAACAUUAUCACCGUCACGCUCAACAUGGAGAAGUACAACUUUCUGGGCAUCAGCAUCGUGGGUCAGAGUAACGACCGAGGCGACGGCGGCAUCUACAUCGGCUCCAUCAUGAAGGGAGGAGCCGUGGCCGCCGACGGCAGGAUCGAACCCGGCGACAUGCUCCUGCAGGUGAAUGACGUCAACUUUGAGAAUAUGAGCAACGACGACGCCGUGCGGAUUCUGAGAGAGAUUGUUUCCAAAACCGGUCCAAUCAGUCUAACUGUUGCCAAAUGUUGGGACCCCUCCCCUCGAAGCUACUUCACCAUCCCUCGAGCUGAGCCGGUGAGACCCAUCGACCCCGCUGCCUGGAUUUCGCACACCACUGCCCUGACGGGACCGUAUCCCCACUAUGGUAACGAGUUAACGGGCCACCGUCGCAUCAUCGCAGAGCGCACGUUUGGAUCGUUUUGUCCUUGUUGUCUUCGUCGUUUUGCCAUCUUUGCAGAGUUUGACGACUUGCCUCUAUCGACGAGUAAAACCGACAUGGCCACCGUCGUCAAGAUUAUGCAGUUGGCAGACUCUGGCCUGGAGAUCCGGGACAGAAUGUGGCUAAAGAUCACCAUUGCCAAUGCUGUCAUUGGCGCUGACGUGGUGGACUGGCUCUACUCCCGAGUGGAAGGCUUCAAAGACCGGCGGGAUGCCAGGAAGUACGCCAGCAGUCUGCUCAAACACGGCUACCUGAGACAUACCGUCAACAAGAUCACCUUCUCGGAACAGUGCUACUACACCUUCGGGGACCUCUGCCAAAACAUGGCCUCGCUCAAUUUGAACGAGGGCUCCGGCAGCGGCGGCUCCGAGCAGGACGCUUCGGCCGCGCUCCCCCCCGCCGGCAACCCCUGGCCCAUGGGGGGGCAGCCCUUCCCCUGCCCGCCCUUCCCCUCCGCGCCGCCCUGCUUCCCGCCCGGAUACUCGGACCCGUGCCACAGCUUCCACAGCGGGAGCGCGGGCAGCCAGCACAGCGAGGGUAGCCGGAGCAGUGGCUCUAACCCCGGCGCAGGCAAGGAGAAGGCUCACAAGUCCGCGUGCGGCGCGUCGGAGGCGGGAGGGAGGCGCGGCAGCCAAAUGAGCCAUCACAGCCGGGCCCGGUCCAGCGGCAGCCGCUCGCACGGGAGCCGCCCCGCUGCCGCCGCCCCCUCGCCCUUCCCCUGUGCCCGCAGCGAGCCCAGCCAGGCAUCCUCCCGCGGCCCCCUGGGCUUGCCGCCGCCCUACUGCCUGGCCCGCCUGGCCCCCAAGGUCGCGCCUCCCGGCAGAGAGCUCUCCAGCUUUCCCCCCGAGCUGACCGCCAGCCGCCAGUCCUUGCAGCACGCCAUGGGCAAUCCCUGCGAGUUUUUCGUGGACAUCAUGUGACGGCAAAGGAGACCCGCCAAAUGUACGUGUUUGUGAAGUGCUGUUCAAUGUGGUGAUUGUGCGGAGCGAGGCGGGCGGGCGGUUGGCCUGGGCGGAGCGGUCCUCCGUUCCGUCUCCUGUGAGCGCUUGAAUCGAGGCCUGGAUCUCAAUCCCCAGAGCGUCGACAUGGGCGGGCGGCGUCUGUCUGUGCCACACUGUGGCGUCACCCCCUUUUGGGGUCCUCUCCCCAUCAAGUCUGCGACGGGGCGGCCCGAAGAAGACAUUGUCUCGAUUUGUGCCGAGGGCUCUCCUCUCGCUGAAUUUUCAAAGAAAUGGUCGACACACUGUUUUUGAGCUUAUUUAUUUGGUCGGUGCCGCGACCACGUCCGCCGCCACCAAUGGCCGUCUGUCAAUCGGCGGGCGGUUUUGCCUCAAAUGUUUGGGCGUCAGAC